AUGUUUCGUAUUGCCAUUAGACCAUCCCUAUUCUCAGGAUCUGGCGUUCACUCUGCCGUCCAACGACUUUGUUGUCGCCGUUCUGCACUUCACACUCGUUCUAGACUUCUCAAUAAGAUUCAAAAAGACAAGUUUGCCGAAUCGAUGCAAAGAGCUGAAGCGGAACGUGAAGCCCAAAUGAAGAUUAGGAAUCGCUCAGCCGCUUACUACUCAGCUUCAUUGGGAAUCGUCUUUUUGGCUUUAGGGUUUGCAGCAGUGCCUCUUUAUAGGAUGUUGUGUCAAAGAACAGGAUGGGGUGGUGUACCAAUUACCGAUUUGAGAAUAUUUACACCUGAUAGACUUAUACCCGUCGAUACCAAUAAGAGAAUUAGAAUUAGCUUUACAUGUCAAGCAUCGGGAAUCUUGCCUUGGAAAUUUUCGCCCCAACAGAAAGAGGUUUGGGUUGUCCCGGGAGAGACAGCUUUGGCCUUUUAUAAGGCAAAGAAUGUAUCGAAGGAAGAUAUCAUUGGUAUGGCCACUUACUCUGUGACUCCAGAACAAGCAGCUCCAUAUUUCAAUAAGAUCCAAUGUUUCUGUUUUGAGGAACAACGUCUCGCUGCUGGGGAAGAGGUUGACAUGCCAGUAUUCUUUUUCAUCGAUCCAGAUUUUGCUAAGGACCCACAAAUGAGGCACAUCGACGAUAUUGUUCUCAAUUAUUCCUUUUUCAAGGCCCUGUACACCGAUGGAGAAUUGGCUGCUGUACCCACAUACAACCAACAACCUGUUACGGCUUGA